ACCGCCCGUCCGAAUAAAUUCUUUCUUCUCCACUCUCUUUAGCAGUCGUGUCGGUUCUCUCUCCGCCUAUCCGUUUUCUCCUCAUUUCUUAAUCUCUUCCCUCUCAAAAUCCCUCCAUUUUUGCUUUUACCCACCUUCAUUAAGCUCGUUUUACUGUCUUAGUAUCUGGUUCUUGCUUCUUCUUGUGUGCGAUUUCAGUUUCUGUACUUCUCUUGGAUCGUGGGUCACCGUGAUCUUUGAAGCUUCAAGUGUGAUCAGAGUAGCUGGGCUGAAAUUUGUGCCCUUUUUGGUUCAGAUCUUCUGGGUAGUGGGCUCAAAUGGUGGAUCUAAGUGACAGGGGAUCGGAAUCUGAGGAUAUGAGUAGCCAAACGCCGACCCCGGAAAGGGAGACGAAUACCCAGAUCAAAACUUGCGCUGAUUGUGGCACCACCAAGACUCCUCUCUGGCGCGGCGGCCCCGCCGGCCCCAAGUCGCUAUGCAAUGCCUGCGGGAUUCGGAGCCGGAAAAGGAGAAGAGCGCUUCUGGGUCUCAACAAAGACGACAAGAAAUCAAAGAAAUCGGCCGGCGGCGGCGGCAGCAACAAGAACAGUAGCGGCAGCUCGAGCGACAGUGGCAGUAGCAGCGGCGGGAUUUCCCCCGGCUCCGGCGGCGGCGGCCGGAGAUUCUUGCCGUUCGGGCGGGAAGUGGCGUUGCAGAAACCGAGAUCGCAGCAGGCGCGGCGGAAGAUGGGGGAAGUAGAAAAAGCUGCUUUUCUGUUGAUGGCGUUGUCAUGUGGCUCUGUUUUUGCUUAGAUUAAUUAAGGGAGGAUUUAUUAAGGAAAAUGUAGUCUUAAUUACUACUAGUUUUGGUGAGUGAUUAGGGGGGAAGACAGCAAAGUUGAUGAUCAAGAUUGGAGGAUCUUUCAAAUGUAGGGUUGAGAUUCAAUCGUGUAUUCUCCUAUGUUAUUUAUAUUAUUAUUAUUAUUGAAAAUGAAAAUUGCUAACUUUUGUCCCCAUUUU